ACAAAAACACAAACAGUAUAUUGAUGGAGUAUUUUGGGGUUUCGAAAGACACGAUAUGGUGGCUCUUCACCCUUCCAGCUUUCCUGGGCUCCGAAACCCUAGUCGAUGGCUAUUUCAUCUUCUCACUAGCUAUGACCUUCCUUGCACUAGGGUUUCUCUCGUGGGCUGUCACGAGCGGUGGAACCGCGUGGAAGAACGGUCGAAACCGGAUUGGUUUUGUCCCUGUGCCAGGACCCAGAGGCCUCCCAAUCUUUGGGAGCCUCUUUGCGCUGAGCCGAGGACUGGCUCAUCGUACCUUGGCUGCCAUGGCUCGCAGCCGAGGCAGCACUCAGCUUAUGGCUUUCAGCCUUGGCUCCCAACCUUUUGUCGUGGCUUCCGACCCAUACACUGCCCGCGAGAUCCUAACAUCCCCUUCCUUUGCUGACCGGCCACUCAAACAAUCGGUUCAGAAUCUCAUGUUCAGCCGAGCCAUCGGCUUUGCACCUAACGGCUCAUACUGGCGACUCCUAAGGAGAGUAGCCGCAUCCCAUCUCUUCUCGCCCCGACGUAUUCUGGCCCACGAAGCAGAUCGCCAACUAGACUGUGCCAUAAUGAUUCGAGACAUCGAGAAAGAGCAGAAAACUCGUGAAUUCGUCUCUCUCAGGAAACACCUCCAGCACGCAGCCCUAAACAACGUCAUGGGAAGUGUUUUUGGAAGAAGAUACGACCAGGUCCAUGACUGCGAAGAGCUCCAAGAACUGAUGGAAAUAGUGACGGAAGGGUUCAAGCUGCUGGGUGCUUUCAAUUGGUCGGAUUAUUUGCCAUGGCUGCGCUAUUUCUAUGAUCCACUGCGUGUGGAGGAGCGCUGUGCAAAGCUCGUGCCCCGAGUCAAGAAGCUCAUCCGGAGAAUCAUCGAUCAACACAGACUCGACGUUCCAAAGAAGCCAUCCGAUGAUUCUGACUUUGUCGAUGUGCUGCUUUCCUUGGAAGGUCAAGAGAAGCUUCAAGAAGAUGAUAUGAUCGCUGUGUUAUGGGAAAUGAUCUUUAGGGGUACAGACACGACUGCUCUAUUGACCGAGUGGGUUAUGGCUGAGCUGACACUUAACCUGGACGUGCAAGAAAGGCUUCAGAGAGAGCUCGACAAGGUUGUCAGGGACAGGACCUCCACCUUGAUCGACUCUGACAUUGCAAAGUUACCCUACUUGCAGGCAGUGGUGAAGGAAACCCUAAGAGUCCAUCCUCCUGGCCCUCUCCUCUCGUGGGCUCGCAGGUCCACAUCCAACGUCCAGUUCAGCAAUGGGAUGGUCGUCCCAGCCAACACAGGCGCCAUGGUCAAUAUGUGGGCUAUAGCCCAUGACCCGCAAAUUUGGGAUGACCCGGAUCAGUUCAUGCCUGAAAGGUUCCUAGCUAAUGACAUAGAUGUAAAGGGCGGGGACCUAAGGCUUGCACCCUUCGGGGCUGGCCGGCGGGCCUGCCCUGGCAAGAACCUGGGCCUGGCCAUGGUGGCCCUAUGGGUGGCUGAGCUGGUGAGCCACUUCGAUUGGGUUCAGCACGUGGCGCAUCCAGUUGACCUCACCGAGGUCCUGAAGCUGUCAUGUGAGAUGAAGCACCCUUUGCAUGUAGUAGCUGUGAAGAAGACGAGAAUUUCCGUUUAUAUUGGGGCUAAUUCUGGUACAUCGAUUUAAAAUUAUUCCAAUUGAAAUAAUGUCUUAAUAUGAUUGCGCUAGGUACUACCAUAUAAAUGGGUUUUCAUAACAUUUGGAAUGAUACUAUGUUAGAAUUAGGUGCGUUUACAAGGUCACAUAUGUAACCUAGCAGUGAAUGUUUGAUGUACCUUGAUGUUACACAAAAAUAAAAUUUGUAUAAUAUUUUGAUAGAUA